AUGUCAUCAAGCAAGGUAUACUACGACUAUUCCCUGUUUUCCAAUGGGACUUCAUUUGCGGACGCUUACAACAACUUCAACCAGUUGCCCAAUUUGAACGUGAUUGAAAAGCUUUGGGGUAGUUACUACUACUACAUGAACAAUGAUUUAUUUGCAACUGGGUUAUUGUUUUUUGUCACUCAUGAGUUGUUUUACUUUGGUAGAUGUUUACCAUGGGCCAUCAUUGAUAGAAUCCCAUACUUCAGAAAAUGGAAGAUUCAAGAUGAAAAAUUGCCCAGUGAUGAAGAACAAUGGGAAUGUUUGAAGCUGGUUUUAACUUCCCAUUUCUUGGUUGAAGCUUUCCCCAUUUGGUUUUUCCAUCCCUUGUGUCAAAAGAUUGGUAUUUCCUUUGAUGUGCCAUUCCCAGGUGUAGGAGAAAUGUUGUUGCAAUUGGCUGUGUUUUUCGUUUUGGAAGAUACUUGGCAUUAUUGGUUCCAUCGUGGAUUACACUAUGGUGUGUUUUACAAGUACAUUCACAAGCAACACCACAGGUAUGCUGCUCCUUUUGGAUUGGCUGCUGAGUACGCCCAUCCCGUUGAAGUUGCAUUGUUGGGUUUGGGAACUGUUGGUAUUCCAAUCUUGUGGUGUCUAGCCACGGGUAAAUUACACUUGUUUACCGUUUCUGUGUGGAUUGUUUUAAGGUUGUUCCAAGCAGUUGAUUCCCAUUCCGGAUACGAAUUUCCUUGGUCAUUGCAUCAUUUCUUGCCAUUUUGGGCAGGUGCUGAUCACCAUGAUGAACAUCACCACUAUUUCAUUGGUGGGUACUCGUCUAGCUUUAGAUGGUGGGAUUACUUUUUGGAAACUGAAGCUGGUCCAAAGGGUAAAGCUGCUAGAGAAGAAAAGAUAAGGAGACAAGCUGAGAAAUUGCAAAAGAAGACCAUAUAA